AUGUGGCCCCUCUGCCUGCCUUGGCGGAGGAUUCGGAGUCUUGGGCAAUCCUUCCGGGCUGCCCUGAUCGCCUUUGAGGUAGGCCUGGAUGAGAACGAGGUCCUCUUUAUCCACCUGGACUUCGUCCUUCUGGUGAAUGUUGCCGACUGUCUCUCCGACGAUCAGGCAUGCGUGGAGGUUGCAGUUACAUCUCCACCACCAGGCUCCGAAGGUGGCGAGUGGCUGGGUGUGCAGCUGCCUCCCAAGCCAGGCAUCACCUUCAACUGGUGGAAGAGGAGGGCCGGUGAAUUGCCAGCACUGUGGAGUGGAGUGUGGAAGUUUUGGCUGUCGCGCUAUGGCGGAGGUCCCGAGAUCAAGCGCCAGAAAUUGGAGUUGUACCAGCAGAAGCCACAAGCACCACAUCCACCGCCCUCUAAGCUCUCCCCCAAACUCGCACCGGUGGCGACCAUGCCUGCCAUGCCCCAGCCCCAGCCCCAGUCGCAGCCCCCUCCAACCGCCCCAGCACAGCCGUCACAGGCACAAAAGCGAAGCUAUGGCCUGGCCUCAACUCAGUCUCUCGCUCCCUCAGCCCCGGCGCCGGCACCUCAGGCUAGGCCCCAGUUCGCAGAGAGGCAGGAGAAGCAGAAGCCAGCCCAGAAGCGCAAGCUCACAUGUGAUAAGUGCGAUGGCAACCACGCCACGGAAGAUUGCCCGCACUUCAAGAAGCCAAGAGACCAGCACCCAGAUGCAUGGAAUCUCGUGGGCAAGUCCCACCUGGUGGCUGCUUCCCUGGCAGACCAGAAGUUCGUGACCCGGGGCAGGGUCGUACGCCAGCCCGGAGAUGGUUCCUGUCUCUUCCAUGCCCUGGCCUUCGGCCUUGGAGGGACCACGGCGCGCCACUUGCGCGAGGAGGCGGCGCAGCUCAUCGAGAGGCAGCCCCAGUCUCAAAUCAUUGGCACCGCGCUCCAAGACUGGGUCAAGAUGGAUUCGGGCCGCACUGUGGGGGGCUACGUCAACCAGCUUCGCCGGGGUGCGUGGGGCGGUGGCAUUGAAUUGGCUGUGCUGGCCAAAAGCCGUAAAGUGAUGGUGGAAGUCUAUGAAGCCCGAAAGGGUGGCUUUGCCCGCAUCGCCAAGUUUGGUGAGGGCAGGAAGGCAGUGCAGGUGCUGUACCAAGGCCGGCUGCACUAUGACGCGCUGCUGCUCAACUGA